AAAAAAAAGAGAGCACAGGCAGCUCAAGUGUAGCCCCAGAAGGCAAGUGAAGUCAGGGGAAAGGUCAGAUGAAAUUAUCCGCAUGCUACGGACUUCUGCACGGUGGGUACUUUGUUAACAAAGUGGACUUUAUGGAAACAUUUUUACCCUGGGAUUGGAAAAAAGGCAGUCAGCAUGAAUCACAAAGCCCCAGCUCCAAAGCCUCGAGGGGAUAGCUGUUCGAGGAUAAAGGACUCGGAAUCCCUUGAUACCUACAUACAGAACGCACUCUCCGAACUCUAUCCACCUUUCAAGGCAACAGCCCCAACAGUCCUGUGGCAGCUCUUCAGCAUAGUUGAAAAGUUGUAUCAAGGAGAUGGUCUGCGCUGCCUGAUUGAUUUCCUUGUCCCGGCCAAGAAAAUCUUGCAGUGUGUUCAGCAAGAAACCUGUGCUAAGUAUACAGGCCUGAUUUUCCACCAUGAGGGUUGGCCAUUGUGCACCCAUGAGAAAGUGGUGGUGCAGUUAGCAUCUCUUCACAAAGUUCACCUUGAGCCAGGAGAUUUCUACUUCCAAGUUGUGUCUGUGGGUCAUCAGUCAGCCAAACUGGUUAUAAAACACCUCUCCCCAGAUGGAAAGGAAUUAGAAGAAGUGACUGUCCCUGACACCAUGUAUGGAUGUCUUUUCACCACAGAAUUUUUGGAAAGUGUCAACUACAACCGGCACCACGUUCACUUGCAGAACUGUUUGCUGACCUGUGGCCCAGCAGUUUAUCGCACUCCCUGGAAGAAUAUCACAAAUCCUAUCUUUGUCCCCACACCGGAAUCCAUCUUGCCUCGUUCUUCCAGCAGCUCACCUCCUGAUUUGCCAAGUGACCCCAGUCCUCAUGACAAAAUAGAGAGCAAUUGUUCCCAUGCGUGGAGGAAUCCAGUCAGUGGCCUGUCCAGUGCAGUCCACAGCUUAGGCGGUGGGGCUGAAAUGGAGAGUCCUGAGACCCUCAGAGAAGACUCUGCAGGAGAUCACAGAAGACUCAUUGUCUUUUCUCCUGAGAGGCCCAUCACAGAGAGGACCUGGCCCAAGACCACCAAAAUGGGCGUGGAGGUAGAUGGACUGCCAAAUGAUGAAGAAGUGUCUGACAAAGAGGAAGAGAAAACUAAUAGUAUGAAAAAUAUAACUUUCAGCCCAGAUCUAAGCAGGCCAUGUACCGGACAGCAGCAGCUCAGGGAUCCCACCUAUUUUGAGACAAAGCGUCUGUUCCGAAAGUCAUACAUGGAAGCCUUGCAGAACCCAAUGCACCUAGGCUCCAGUUCUGAGGAGUCAAUAUCAGAUGCACCCUCUGCCCGAAUGGGACACUCUCUUGCAAAGCACACUGAAAAUAUGCUGGUGAGCAAAGCUGCAGAAAAGGCAACUCAGGAAGAAAAUGAUCUUCCCAAAAGACUUGUCCUUGAGGAUGAACCAGAGGUAGUCAGGAGUCCUAAAAAUGUUUCCCAGCCUCUAGAGAAGUCUCAAAUCCCUGGAUCCUUUCUGAUAGUUGGGAACAGGGCUACUCCGAGAAGAAGGUCUCGGUCUUUGGAUCGGUCACCCAAAAAUUCCCAGGACAGAGGUUGCAGGCCCCAGGGGGUCUCAGAUGACUCAUCAAAUGUUAACCCCCAAAGCCUCUUAAAUGGACAUGCUUGCAAACCAGAAAAGCGGGACUCUAGCAGCCAUUUAUUUUUGCCUGUGAAAAGCCACACUUUCACUAAAGAGGAUGAAGAUGUGUCUCAGAACACAGAUAUGGUAGGUCCAGAUAACUGUCUCCCAGGAGAGGACACCGACGUGUUUGCAAACACAACUCCCAUGUUACGGCAGACUGAAAACGAAUCGCUCCCUACAAAUGCAGGAGACUUCUUUCACCGACCACCCAAUGGAUUACUUGCGAUCAACAGGGAAUUCCUGCAGUCUGGCAUCAUUGCUAUUCCUGGGAGCAGAGAUCGAAAUGGCAGAGCAAUCGUCCAGGUCUGCACCAGAAGUACAUUUUGGCUAAGUGAACAUCCCACAAGUGCCAACAUCACUCAACUUCUGAUGUAUUUCUACAGCAUUCCCAGGAAGGAAAUACAGGAUUUGGGACUAGUUAUUUUAGUGGAUGCUCGAAAAUGUCAACCUAUUCCUGCUCUUUUCCAAGCUUUCACUACCCUACAGAAUACAGUUCCUCAUUCAGUUCAUAGCGUGCUGCUGUUGGUGGAUAAAGAAUCUUCAUUUAGGCCUGAUAAAGAUCCAGUAAUUCAGUAUGAGGUCCUGAUGUCCCUGAAGGCUUUGCAUAAGAUCAUUGAUUGUACCCAGCUCACAGCAGAUUUGGAUGGGACCUUUCCUUAUAACCACAGUAACUGGAUCCGUUUCCGUCAGAAAGUGGAGCCCUUUUCCAGGAACUGCAAAGAAGCCAUUCUUUUUCUACAAAACUCUGUCUGUUCCCUAAAUUCUAAUAGCACCCUAAGCACAGUGCAGGAGGUCAAGGAUUUAAUCAACAAACACAAGACAAUGAUGAAGCUUGUCCUGGAAGAUGACCUCUUGGUGACUUUAAGGUUGGAAGGUGGCACUAUUCUAGCCAGAAUUCGGAAGGAAGAGUUCUGUACCAGCGAAGAUCACAGAGAUGCUAUCGAAACAAUAACCAGACUGUAUAAUCAGGUUGAUGAAGAAGUUCAUAGACUAGUUCUUUUGUCUAAUAAGAGUCUUCAGCAGCUGGAGAAUCUUCAGGAACUGAGAAAACUUGAGGAAGGUUGUGGUCAGAUUAAAUUGUGGUUUGAAAAUGAACGAGAAAAAUACUUUGGCCCAUUGGAUAAAGAGCUGCUGUCAGUAGCCAAGGUGAAGAAAAAGCAAGAGGAGUUCCGUGUUUUUGGAGACAUGGUGAUGCAAUAUUGCAGACAAGGACUACAGCUGCUGAAAGAUAACAGAGCCCCAAUCUCAGAAGAGAAAAUUCAGAAUUUCAAGAGAUAUCUCAAGAGCAUUGUAACCCAGACGGAGAGGAGGAAAGGAAAGUUGGAAGAGUUGGCCAGCCUCUACGAGUUUUAUGAGACGGCAAACGGGUGGCUGCUACACUGCAAUGAAUUUCUUGAACGUCUUACUCUAGAGACCGAAUAUUCUCCUUCAGACCUUCAGUACUUGCAGAGCUAUCACCAAGAGGCCACAAAGGUUUCUGCAGAAAACUUCCAGAAGGUGAAUGACAUGGUGUUGGGUCUGGGAAGCCAGAAGGAACAGAAACAGUGGAUCCUGCUGUGGCUGCAAUGCCAACAGGCGAGGCAUCGUUUAGAAGAGGCUCUGUCAGCAGCUGCCCACUUCAAGUCUAACGAGGCCCGGGAGGCCCAGGAGGGAGAAGUGGAACAGGAACUUGCCUGGGAGGAGAAGAAACAGCAGCCAUACUCCUUUCCUUUCCUCCAACUAUGCACGGGGGGCAGCUUGGCUGAGAGAAAUGGACUGUCACUUUCCCCGCCAACCAGUUGCCCCAGAAGACAAAUGCUCUCAGAUCUGGAGGAUGUUACUCAGGAUGAGUGUGGGUGGAUCCUCCAAGCCCCAGUUCCCUUCCCGAGCCUCUCUCCGGUGAGUGGGCUGCCCAGAAUGGGCCGCGUUUUAGAUGACACGGAUGAUGUCUCCACCGUCUCCUCCCUCCCUGAGCCCAGUGAGGCUCUAGCCGCCUUCCACAGGAAGCACCCCUUAAAGAAAAUGAUGAAGAAAGCACAAGGCUUUGAACUUCCUCAGCUUGAAAGCAGCCCCCGUGUACUGGAACGGCAUAAGUCCACUGGGGUUUCUAUAAAGGGUCUGGAGGUGAUGAGCUGUGUGGCUACUGAGAAGAAAACCUCUCUCCAAAGACCAAAUGUUCAAAGCCCAUUGGUCGGUAGAAACCGAAGUUUAUCAUCCCCUUCACGGAUACAUCAUAUGGAGGAAGAAGAAAGAAAGAGAACAGGAAGCAAUAAAGUACAGCAUAUAAUGGAUGAAAUGAUUGCCACCGAAAGGGAAUAUGUUAGAGCCUUAGGAUACAUCAUCGACAACUAUUUUCCAGAAAUGGAAAGGAUUGAUCUGCCCCAGGACUUGAGAGGGAAGAGGAAUGUAAUCUUUGGGAAUCUGGAGAAGCUCCAUGAUUUUCACAGCCAUUAUUUUCUGAAAGAGCUGGAACACUGCAGGAACUGUCCCUUGCCUGUCAGCCACUGUUUCCUCAGACAUGAAGAACAGUUUGGGUUGUAUGCAUUGUACAGCAAGAACAAACCUCAAUCUGAUGCUUUGCUUACCAGCCAUGGAAACAUCUUCUUUAAAAAUAAGCAGCAGGACCUGGGGGAUAAAAUGGAUCUGGCCUCCUAUUUGCUCAAGCCAAUCCAGCGAAUGAGCAAAUAUGCCCUCCUGCUCAAGGACCUGAUUCAGGAAUGUGCCAAGACCCAGGCUCAAGAACUCAGUGACCUCCGGGCUGCUGAGGAAAUGGUAAAAUUCCAGCUCCGCCAUGGGAAUGACCUGCUUGCCAUGGAUGCCAUUCGAGGGUGUGAUGUUAACUUAAAAGAGCAAGGACAGCUGAGAUGCCAGGAUGAGUUUAUCGUUUCUUGUGGAAGAAAAAAGUAUCUAAGACAUGUCUUCCUGUUUGAAGAUCUCAUCUUGUUUAGCAAGACCAAAAAGAUUGAUGGGGGAUAUGAUGUUUACAUGUACAAACAGUCUUUCAAGACUGCUGAAAUUGGAAUGACAGAGAGUGUUGGAGACAGUGGCCUAAGGUUUGAGAUCUGGUUUCGAAGAAGGAGAAAGUCUCAGGAUACAUUCAUCCUACAAGCCCGUUCAGCGGAAGUGAAAGUUUCUUGGACAAACAUCAUUGGUAAAAUCCUCUGGAGACAAGCUCUGAGAAACCGAGAACUCAGGAUGCGAGAAAUGGUGUCCAUGGGAAUUGGCAACAAACCAUUCUUGGACAUUGAACCCAGUGACGCAGCCAUAAGUGACCGGGCCAUAGAUUAUAUCAUGAAGGGAACAGAGUCAAAAUCUCGAGCAUCCAUAGCGGUGUCGUCGUUUGACCAUUCAACACCUUUUAAAAGGCCCCAUUCCACUAUCUCAAAUAGCAGCACGUCUUCUUCAAGUGGCCAAUCGACAUCUUCCAUUCUGGGAUCCUUGAACCUGCAUACAUAUUCCAGUCCAGCUUAUCCAGGUCUGCCGAACCCUCCCUCCUACCAAUGGUCCUGGGAUAUUCAAACUUGUAUCGAAGAAGAUGAGCUGGAACAGGAAACUGGCAGCCAGCCUUCUAUGAUCACUGAAGGCUCAGAGUCAUCCCACUGUACUUCUGGGGACAGCGUGAGCGGCGUUGCAAGCUGGACACAGCCUGCUUGGUCCCCACAUCUUUCAGAGACGCUUUCAGAUGACGGGACCCUGAAUUCCAGCACCAACCCACCCUCCCAGUGUGCAUCUCCAGUGUUUCCUGAGAGAAAUCCUCAGCCGAAGUUGACCAGCAGCCCACACGUCACAACUGAAUUUCUGUGACAGGAGACCUUCCUGGCCUUGCUGGGCUGAUUGAACUGACGCUCCCUCCACCCUUUAAAGCCCAGACAACUGGAUUGGGUCAUUUACAGGGGCAUUAUCUCAUGGAACUCCUCCACACCCAGAUUAUUUCAGAGAAGCAGUGGAGUUGGUUUUAACUUGAUGAUUUCCAUCCCUUUUUGUCAGAACCAAAGCUCUCUUGUAUUAGGCCUUUCAACAGUGGUUUGACUGCAGGCAAAAUGUCAGUAAGUACCUGGUUUUUCCAACUCAACCCUCGUGCUAAAAUAACCACACUAAAGAAAAUGUACUUCCAUUGUCCAUUCCCAUCAAUAUAGCAGCCAGUUGGAUGAGUAUGCGGACUUCUCCAGGCUGAUUUGCAUGCUCUAAACAUAUUAAGGAUGCUUUGGAAACUUAAUUGGCACUCCUGCUUUUAACUCUGCUUCCUUCCUAGGAGAAUCCUGGCACCCCAGACACUUUCUGUUUCCCUCUCCUUCUUCUUCCCUAAGUCCCUGUGGCUUCUCCUUCCAGCCAAGUCUUCUCUAGGCAUCCUAUGGGCCCCUGUUGGCACUUGGGGUAACCAAACCAACACCCUAAAGUUUGGCCUUCAAGGUUUGUUCUAAAACAGGAGUUAAUUUGAGAGUUCUGAGCCCAUGCCAGCACCACGAAACUCUAACCACACAUCUGUAUGAGAAACAGGUUCUAGGGCAGGCCAACCCUUCUAGCACCAGGGUAAGAAGAGCACAAUCAGAGGGGGACAAGGAUUUCCCAGCAGCCUAUGGUGAGCUGAUGGCAGAGCCAGGAAUGCAAUCAAAGUCAAGAAUGCCUGUCCAGGCUCACAAAACCCAACUGUCAUCCAGCUCUGGUUCCUUUGCCCAGGGAGAAGAGGGAAUAGAUUCAUUGGCAGGCUGCUGAGGGAUCAGCCAAACACAAAGCAAGAGGGGAAGGGGUGUGCCUGCAACAAGGUAAGAUCUCUUUCCCCAUCUCCUUCAGCCAGGAGAUCAUUAAAGAUGCUGCCUGCUUUUUAGAGGUAUCUAACUACAGGACUCUCAGAAUUUUACAGAAGAAUGGUCCAGGGUUCAAUAAACUCCUAGGUAUGUUGAGUGCAAAGGCCCCCACCGCCAUGCCCCUCCCUAUAGAAAAGACAGACAUUAGCAAAAUCCAAACUCUCAUCUUACUUCAAACGUAGUAACCAAAGAUAGCUUUUCUACUCAUUGGCCUGCUUCGAGCCUUCAAUGGUUUUUUUGGUCUCCACUCGGGACUUUUGUGCUCUUGACGUGGACCAAAGGAGGUUUACUAACUUCCUCAUUUUAAAAUCCUGCCAGCUUGUAUCCUUUUGGGAGAGAGAGAGGGAGAGAGAGGGGGAGAGAGAGAGAGAGAGAGAGAGAGAGUGUGUGUGUGUGUUGUGUGUAUGUUUGCAUAUGCAUGGUGAAGGUAAGGAAGUAGAGGGCCUGGGCAUGGCUGUGGGCAAGGGCAUGGGUUCUGGAUAUUAAUCUGGGAACAGCUUUGGGUGGGCUGCUGUGAUCCCAGGAAUUUCCUUGCUCUUGAUAUAGAAGGUUACACUCCAAGCAUGGUGGAGACUGGCUCUCCCCCACGGUCCAAAAGUAAUGUCUCCAUGUUCUUCUGAGUCUGACUCUAUGUCUACCUGGGCAGACUGGUGACUCCAGUUCCAGUUAUUCAGUCCUUGACAAACACGAAGGGUUGAUGAGCUGAUGAGCAAAUAACGCUGUGCACAUUUAGGAGUAAUGGUGGAGGAAAGCAGAGGGUCAUUGAGAUAGGGCAUCAGACAAAUUUAAGAUAGAAUGCAUUGCCCAAAACAAGACUCACAGAGUAAAACAAGGAGCAUCUGACCAUGGUAUUUUUGUUUGGCUGGCAAAUGGAUCCAAUCCUGGCUGAGCCUGGCAUACCUACCUCUUUCCUUCCUGGAGAUCCUACUUCCUAUUCUUGCUACUUUUGCUACUUUAGCCUACUCUGACUCCAGCUUGAAGAAUUUCCUUUGUGAAGUUGUCUUGAUGAUCACCAUGGGACAAUCCAUGAAUUCUCACCGGGAAAUGGGAUGUAGGGCUGAGUCAUUGGUGUGCCACCAAAGGAAAGUGAAGUCCUCUUUGGAUCCAAGGCCAGGAGUAGUCAGCAGGAGGGCAGCACACAUAGAAAGCCAUUCUCCCUUUAUUUUGUUUGUUUUGAUUUCCACAUCUUUCCUCUUUCUUAGUCCAGGAUAGGGAGACUAUGGGAGAAGCAUGGAAUAUGACAGGCAAAAUAGAGCCAACCACACCCUCAGAUGUACAGUCAGAGACUCAGAAACACAGUAGUGUGUACAAAGAGCCAGAGACCAGAGCCAGAUGCAGGACCAGGAUGCAGAUGCAGGGGAGAAAAUCUGAGAAAAACAGAGAGGCAGGGACAGGGAAGGCAGAUACAGAGACAGCCAGAGAGAGGCAGAGACAAACAAGGGCAGGGGUAGACAAGGACAGGCAGAG